UGUCAUCAUGUUCAACUCCAUAGGCGCGAAAUAUGAAAUCUUCGCUCACUCAGAAUACCUCAGAAUGAUGACUGAUAUAAACAUAUUUACAAAGAUUCGUGGAAUAUAUGGAUGGCGAUGUCUUACUAAUAAAGAACAUGCAAAGAAGGCGAGAAAUCUCAUAUACAAACAUAUUAGCGAUAACUGUUCUUACAAAGCAGUUGUAAAGAAAAUCAUAAAGCAAGCUUUGGAGUUCCAUGCAGCUACGCCGUGCUCUUCACAUGAUGUGUAUGAUGAUCCAACAGAGGCACUAUACAUCGCAGCUCAUCUUUGUCAAAAGUACUCAAUUGAAGAUUCAAAACUUGUCUUAGAAGUUGUGCAAACUGCUAUCAGUUGUACCGGAAACCAUGAUAGAUGGUUCGAAUUCUUGGACCCAUUGGCAUUUUCAUGCGAGCUAGAAAACAAUCUAUACCCGAUUUAUAACCAAUCAAAUGCGGCUACCACAGUCGUCACGAAAGAACAACUCAAUGCCCUUGAGUACUUUCUCACACAUUGCAGUGGAAUUGUGGUAAGGACGAACCACGGUGCAAUUGCUAACAUUCUGGGUUUGAACGAAACAGCAGUAGCAUCGCGUUGGUCAGACGUUGCGUUUAUAGAUGCACCACUUUCAUCAUGCCGUAAUUGCAAUCCAUUACUUCUUGCUUGUCAAGCAGAGUCACCCGAAGGAGUAAGGUUGCUCUUGAGGUACGGAGCUCAACCGAUGUUUCCAGUCUACAGUUUCAGUGAUCCUUCAGGCCAACAGCGAUUUCCACUUCAAGUUCUUGCAAUGAAACUAAACGCGUCCGUUUUUUGGAAAACGCACAUUCACGCUAUUGAAAGUAAUUACCGUGAAGAAUUCAUGCGACAGAGAAAAGCGUACGACAUGCAGAUCAAUGAAUGCAUAAAUGCAUUCCAAACUGCCUUGCCCACAUUACCACUUCGUCCAUGUCAACAACUUACACAAGAUCACAUGGGAAGCUCAAGUACCCUGUUUUGUGUCCAUCCGUCUUACAAGUCCAGUCUUCCAAGGUCCAUUACACAUGGUCCCCGAACAUUACGUCAUAUAGCGAAGUGCACUGUACGAAACACACUGAGCAGAAACAACGGAAAUGCCAUAAUUUCAAUACCAAAGAAAAUCCAGCAGUUACCACUUCCAAUCUUAAUCAAGGAAUAUAUUGACUUGCAAAUAGAUUUGUGAAAUCAGAUUAAUCCAGGUGGUGUUGGACAGUUUCACUUAUAAUUUAGUAUUGUAACAGGAAAUUCGUGACGCUAUGAUUGAGCCGUUGAACUUGUUCAAUAUGGCCUAAAUGAAGUAGUCUAACCUUUCAAGGAGUGGAAUUAAAUGGAAAAAUCUAUAAGAAUAUUUUGUCCACUUAAAAAAUAAUAGUAACAGGAUAUCUUGUCAUAUUAGAAUUUUUCAUUUAUCCGGUCUAAUAUUUUUCUAGUUUUUGACAGUAUUGAGUUUAUUUAUCAUAGGCCAGUGCUUCUUGACAG